AUGGCCGAGGUCACCACCAUGGUCGAGAGCAAGAAGCGCAAGCGUACCGGAAAGGCCAGGGAGGAGGCCAAGCAGCGUGCCAUUGAGGCGGCCAAGGUCGAGGCCAAGGAGGCCGACCAGGAGGCCGACAAGGCGGAGGCCGCCCAAGCCGAGCCUGACGUUCCAGUCAAAGUCGAUGACGAGGCUGAGACUAUGCCUGCUGGCGCCGAGGAUGUCAAGAUGGAGGAGCCCACUUUUAAGAUGACCGGCGCCAACGCCCAGGAGGUCAUUCCCAGGAAGAGGAAGCGCACCGGCAAGAUGCGUGCCGAGGCCAAGGCCAAGGCCAUUGCGGCCAAGGAGGCUGCGGCACUUCUCGCUGCUGAGAACGGAGAGGAGAUUGUGGUCGACGAGGCUGAGGUGAAGGAGGAGGUGAAGGAGGAGGAGGGCCUCGACUUUGAGAAGAUUGCGAAGCGCAUUCCUCAAGCGAUUAAGAAGCUCCGCCCCAUCUUCAAGCAGUCGAAGAAGACCGAGUCCAUGCGUUUGAUCAAGAAGAUCCGUUUCUUGAAGUCAAAGGACAGCAAGGCCGACGAGGCUGCCGAACUCGAGGCGCAGCUCAAGCUCAUCUCUAUCGUCCAAGUCCAGAUCCUUGCGACCACCCACCUGGGCCAGAAGCUCAAGAAGCACCACAAGCUCAAGCACGCCGACCUCCCCGAGGACGUCACCACGCUCCUGACCAACGAGCCCAGCAUCAAGGUCUCGACCUCGUCUACCACUCCCGCUCUUAUCUCCAAGGCUGAGAACCGCCUGUGCAGUGCCAAGGCUGUCGCCGACGCCAUGGGCCCGGCUGUCGCAUGGAUCCUCUCCGAGCCUGGAGCGACCCUCACUCUCAGCGCCAAGGCCUUGGAGAGCAAGAAGCAGGCCAGCGCCAAGAGUGCCGCGAAGCGUGCUGCCGCUGCCGACUCGGAUGACGACGAUGACGAUGAGGACGAGGGCAGCAUUGCGGACGUGGAGGAUGACGAGGAGGAGGAGGACUUUGAGGACAUUGGUGGACCCGUCACCAGCCUUGACUCGGACGACGAGGCGGUCAUGCAGUCCCGUGCUGCCGACGCCGCCGGCUGGGAGUCGGGAUCGCUCGGUGGCGGUGACAGCGACAACGACGAGGACGCAGCCGACGCUGCUGGGUGGGAGUCUGGAUCAGUCUCUGGCGACUACAACAUUGCCCCUCCUUCAUCUGGCCCCGACUCGGAGUCCGAGGGCGAGCAGCGACCCGCGAAGAAGUCCAAGGCUUCCCUCGUCGCCCUCCUCACGGCCAAGCCCACCAAGCCCACCAAGCCCGAGCCCAAGGGCAAGGCCGAGAAGCCCAGCAAGACCGCCGAGAAGCCCGGCAAGGCGGGCUCGUCGUCCAUGUUCCUUCCCUCCCUGGCGGCCGGUUUUGCUGCCGGAGACAGCGACAGCGACCCGGACAACGACUACGACCCCGACGGAAUCAUCGGCACCAAGAAGGCCGAGCGCAAGAACCGUCGUGGCCAGCGCGCACGCCAGGCGAUCUGGGAGAAGAAGUACGGCAAGGGCGCAAAGCACGUCGUCAAGCGGCGCGAGGAGGAGGCCAAGGGCCCCGAUGGCCAGAAGCCCGACGGCGGCUGGUCCGCGCGUGGAAAGGGUGGUGUGGCACCAGACACCGCACCUGUCCUCCGCCGUCCCUUCGGCGCGGGUGCUCGCCCCGCGGCCGGUGCUCCUGCUGCCCCCGGUGCUGGACCCAAGGGUCCCAAGGGCCUCAAGGGACUCAACCCCAACGCAAAGUCCGUCGAUAUGCCUGCUGCCAAGGACUCGGCCAAGGACCUUCACCCGUCGUGGGAGGCUGCCAGGUUGCGCAAGCAGAAGAUGAUGGACGGCGCCGACGGUGCCAAGGCCACCAAGAUUGUGUUCGACUAG